CCAAAUCCAAUAUUCACGAGUCUCACAAAAUCAGGCUUCGCUCAUUUCUCAAUUCUCACAAAAACCCUAAAUACGCAGCACCCACUUCAGCCGUGCCGUCUCUCUCCCUCCGUCGGCGUUCUACCAUUCAUAUCCACCAUGGUCAUGGAAUUAGAUUGUCCAGCCAGUGUCAGAAAGCAAUUGGCAAAGCUGUUUGCAGAAUCUUUGAAAGCAAUUGUGCCUAGUGAACCAGAUGUUGUGCCCUUAAUUGAUGCUUGUGUUGCAAAAUCUGGUGUAAAACAUGCUGAUUAUCAAUGUAAUAAUGCAAUGAGUCUCUGGGCUAAGAUUAAAGGGAAGCAAACAGAAUUCAAAAAUCCCCGUGCUGUUGGAGAGGGCAUCGUGAAAAAUCUCCCUCCAUCAGAAAUGGUAGAGUCAUGCUCUGUUGCUGGUCCUGGAUUUGUGAAUAUUGUCUUAUCAAAGAAGUGGAUGGCACAGAGCUUACAGAGGAUGCUUACCGAUGGUAUUGAUUCCUGGGCACCUCGACUUCCAGUCAAGAGGGUUAUGGUUGACUUUUCCUCACCUAAUAUAGCAAAAGAAAUGCAUGUUGGUCACUUGAGGUCAACCAUUAUUGGAGACACGUUGUCCCGAAUGUUUGAAUUUUGUCAGGUGGAAUCCCUUAUCCGCCGAAAUCAUAUUGGUGACUGGGGCACUCAGUUUGGGAUGCUGAUUGCAUACCUCUUUGAGAAAUAUCCAGACACAGAUGAGGUUAAUGAAUCCAGUAUUGGAGAUCUACAGGCGUUCUAUAAGGCCUCGAAAUUGAGGUUUGAUAGUGAUCCUGAAUUUAAGCUCAAUGCACAGCAGUCAGUGGUCAAGCUACAGAGAGGGGAUCCCAAGUAUCGUGAGGCAUGGCAGCAAAUUUGCAAUAUUAGUAGGACUGAGUUUAACAAGGUCUAUGAACGCCUUAAAAUUCGUUUGGAGGAAAUGCCAGAGAGUUUCUUUAAUCCAUAUAUCCCUCAAGUCUUGGAGAAAAUGGAGAAAUUAGGACUGGUUGAAGACAGUGAUGGUGCACGUGUGAUAUUCGUGGAGGGUGUAGACAUACCACUAAUUGCUGUGAAAAGAGAUGGUGGCUACAAUUACUUUUCAACCGAUCUAGCAUCACUAUGGUAUCGUCUGAAUGUUGAAAAGCUUGAGUGGAAUAUAUAUGUUACAGAUGUUGGCCAGUGGCAACAUUUUGACAUGGUUUUUAAGGCCUUCAGGCGGGCAGGGUGGCUUCCAAAGGAUGAAAAUGAAUUACCAAUAUGCACUCAUGUAGGUUUUGGUCUUGUUCUUGGCGAUGAUGGAAAGCGAUUCCGGAGUCGCAGCAGUGAGACUGUUCGAUUGGUUGAUUUACUUGAUGAAGCUAAAAAGCGCUGUAAAGAUGCUCUUCUUGAACGCGAUAACGCUAAAGAUUGGACUGAGGAAGAGGUUGAGAAAACAUCAGAGGCAAUUGGUUAUGGAGCUGUUAAAUAUGCUGACUUGAAGAUCAAUAGAUUAACAAAUUACACUUUCAACUUUGAUCAGAUGCUUAAUGAUAAGGGAAAUACUGCUGUUUAUUUGCAGUAUGCACAUGCUAGGAUUUGUUCCAUUAUCAGGAAAUCUGGUAAAGACAUUGAAGAACUAAAAAAGAAUGGGAAUUUGGUGUUGGAUCAUGAGGACGAGCGUACAUUGGGUCUUCAUCUACUACAAUUUACUGAGGUUUUUGUGGAGUCAUGCUCGAAUUUAUUACCAAGCGUGUUGUGUGAAUACCUAUAUAAUUUAUCCGAAAUCUUCACAAAGAAGUUUUAUUCUAACUGUCAGGUCGUUGGGUCUCCCGAGGAAACCAGUAGAUUGUUGUUAUGUGAAGCAACACUUGUUGUGAUGAGAAAGUGUUUCUAUCUCCUUGGAAUUGAACCAGUUUAUAAGUUAUGACCCAUCUGAAUGGGAAUUCAAGAGCAAGAUGUUUGGAAUAGACUUAUUUAUUUUUAGUGCACAGAAGUGUAGGAAACUUCCAAUAUGAAAUUUAUUGCAAGAACCACUCUGUUUUGUUCUUUUUUUUUUUUUUUGCAUUUUAAGGUGAAAGCUGAAAAGUAGUAGACUUAAGAUCCUUCAUAUCAAAUUUACUUACAAGUCCCUUAAAAUUUUCAGUUUGGUGUGAUGAAACGAUUUUUUCAAUCAUUUAACAGAAAGUAAGUUUUUUUAACUUGUUUUUGGACUAGGGGUGUUAAUGUUAUGGUUGUGUAAUUUAUUUACAGGAAUGUAAGGGUUAAUAUUAUAAAUUAUUGUGUUUGUUUCAAA